GACCUUCUGAAACCCCUGCCUCUCUGUGCGUCGUCAGAUACCGGUGAACAGAAGCAGGAUCCGAAAAACGUCUCCGUGGAACACUCCACAUCAUCAGGUGGCGGCGGGGGCCCCGCGGACGCGUCUCACAGACUCGAGGCGCCGGCAGUGUCGACCACAGAUGAAAAAACCUCCGUUGCCAGCAAGAAUCAGUCGCCUGCGGAGGUGCCGCCAACCGUCUUGCCGACAUCCACGCUGUUACGGAGCGUGCUAACAGACUCAAGCUUAGGCAGGGGGAAGCCGCUAGCAGACAGGGUGAAUCAGACUGAACCAGUUACCCCGGCCUCCUCCUCGCCUGUCCUUGGAGAUUGGUGA